CACUACACUAAAGAUCGUACAGAGAAUUCACCGAAGAAGAAGAAGACGAACACGGAAGCGUCUCAGUCAGUGUUUCUAAUCUGUACUGUAUAUAUUAGUUUUAUUUGUCUGAUACGAAAUGUGUGCUGGUUGUGUGCAGAAACAGUAUCCUGACAGGGGUCAUACCUGUCUGGAAAAUGGGUCAUAUCUUAUGAACUUUCUCAGCUGCGCUAACUGUCACCAGCGGGACUUUGUGCUGAUCAGCGAUAAGACGAUGGUGAAUGAAGAUGAAGAGGAGAUUGUCACUUACCUGCAUAUGUGCAAGAACUGUGAUCAUGUCAUAGCCAGACACGAGUACACCUUCACUGUGGUGGAUGACUAUCAGGAAUACACAAUGUUGUGCAUGCUGUGUGGAAAAGCAGAGGAUUCCAUCAGUGUGCUGCCAGACGAUCCCAGACAAACAGCGCCUCUGUUCUAGAGUAUUUGCCCAGACGCAGAGACAGGGAAUUGACUUCUUUGUCAAGAGCACGGUUAUGCAUGAUGGAGGGAGUCAUAACACAUGCAACAUUUUAUAUACACUUAGCACUGGAGAACGACAUGCUGUCACGUUAAAUCCAGAAGAAUAUACCGCAGAAUUCAUUGUGCUCUUUGUUUCUACUGCUUCAGGAGAGGCUCUUAGGUUCAUGGCACAGCUCUGACUCAUAAAACAAAUAUUAAACCUUAUUAGGAAUCGCUUGCAUUUAUCUGAUGCUCAUCCUGUGUUUGAUUCACUCAAAGUGUACGGAACCCCCGUUUCUGCUAAAUAGAAAAAUGAAAAAGAUGAUUGCAAAAUUUGAUCUCACAAUUCAAGACUUUUUUUCUUGCAAUUUUGAGAAGAAAAAAAAUGCAGAAUUGUGAGACAUAAACCCAUAAUUGCAAGAAAGUCUGUUUUUUCUGUUUUCUGCUACGUUAUAAAAAAUAGACUUUUUAUGUCACAAUUCAGAUGUUUUUUCCAAAUUUUGAGAUAAAAAGUUGCAGUUACCUUGUCUAUUUCAUUCCAUGGCAGAAACAAGCUCCCGUAAAAGUGUUAUUUUAUUUCCCUUGCUAAAAUGCUUUCUCUUAUCCCAUCUUAAUAUGCACAAAGGAAUAUCUGUUUGACUGACCAAGAAAGGUUAGGUUUGAGUGGAUUAUCAGUCUGUUAACCACAGACAGGAUUUUUGUUUCUAUGCAGUACUUAGAUAUACAUAAGUCAAGAAUGUAUUAGACAGAUAAAAUAUGUUUAAAAUGGUACAUACAAGAAAGAAAAAGAAAAAAAACAGAUUCCUGCUUAUUACUGAUACUUACAUUUAAAGUAAAUGUCUUACUGUAUUUCCAGUGUUAAUGCAACAAAAAUAUUUUGUAUGCUUUAAAUAAACUAUGAAACAAUGCA